AUGUCAUCAUCUGCUACAGAUAGAAAGGUUGAAACUGAACACAUUUCGGCAUACUCUUCAGACCAAGAUCUGCUUUCAGUAGACGAUAUCUUCAAUGAGAAGCCAAAGUUGACCCUUCCUGUCAUUAAGAAUUAUUUUGCCACUAGACUUACAACUUUGUUUGAUUUGCCAGUUUAUCACUCGGACAAGGCCUGGUAUGUGCUCAUAAACCCUAUUCCUGCUUUGAGGGAAAUGUCAUGGAGAGAUUGGAAUUACUACGGUUUGGGAUGGUGUGGUUGGGUUUUGGAUGCCAUGGAUUUUUUCUGUGUUUCUGUCGCAUUGCCAGAAAUUGCGGUUAGUUUGAAGUCAAGUGUUGCUGAUAUUACUUGGGGUGUCACUUUGGUUUUGAUGCUUAGAGCUAUUGGUGCUAUUUCUUUUGGUUUGGCUUCUGAUAGAUUUGGUAGAAAAAAGUGUUAUAUUGUUAUUUGUAUAUUAUUCAUUAUUGUUGAGAUUGCUACCGGAUUUGUCCAAAACUUGGAGCAAUUCCUUGGUGUUCGUGCUAUAUUUGGUAUCUUGAUGGGUAGUAUGUUGCCAGUUUGUAUGAUUACUGCCAUGGAGAGUCAACCUGUUCGUGCAAGAGGUAUUUUGUCAGGUUUGUUUUCUCCAGCUUAUUGUGUUGGUUACAUCAUGGCUUUAGUUUGGUACAAGGUUUUUGCACCAACCUACAAAGAGGGUGAAGGAUGGAGAAGUUUAUUCUGGUUCAGUGGUGGUUUGAGUAUCAUCUUAAUUAUCUGGAGAAUGUUGGUUCCAGAAUCAGAAGAGUUCUUGAUUAUGCAAGAAAAGAAGAAGAAAUUCAAGGAACAAAACAAAAAGAAUGGUCUUCACAAGUAUUUCAACACAACUAUUAUACAAACUUUGAAAACUGAAUGGCUAUUGUUCAUCUACCUCUGUAUUGCUUAUGCUGGCUGGAACUUUACAAGUCACGGAACCCAAGAUUUAUAUGUUACUAUGUUGUCCAAUCAAUUCGGCGUUGAUCUUAACAAGAGAACUUUGAUCGUUGCAUUGUCCAAUGUUGGUGGUCUUAUUGGUGGAGCAUGCAUUGGGAAUGUUUCCGAGGUUUUAGGAAGAAGAUUAUCUGCCAUCAUUGCAACAAUUUUUUGUGGUGCUUUUGUUUAUCCAUCUUUUUACGAUGCAGAUAAAAAUUGGGGAGCAUAUGUUGUGUUAAUUGGCUUUAUGAUUGCUUCUUGGGGUAUAUCAUCUGCAUACGCUUUGGAAUUGGUGAACAAAGCUCAUAGAACAUUGUUGAUUGGGUUGGCUUACCAGAUUGGUAAUUUGAUUAGUGCUGGUAGUGCCACCAUUCAGGCUCAACUUGGUGAAAAGUACCCUAUUCCAGGUGCCGCCCCAGGUGUUUAUGAUUACGGCAAAGUCAUGUGCAUUUUCUGUGGUGCAAUUUUUGCAUUCAUGGUUGUUAUUUUAGUCUUGGGACCAGAGAAGUUCCACAGAAACUUGAAAAUGACUCCUGCAGGACUUGGAGCAAAGGAGGAGCUUGAAGAAGGUUUGAUUUUGGAUAGUUCAGACAAAGAGGGAAAGAAAUAA